AGUAGGAUUGAUUUCGGUAUUCCGAACUGGAUUCAUCGGUUUUCUUAACAAGCCAAAACAUAUUCUUGGCUCUAUGUAAUGUUAAUGCGAUUUAUUAACAUUAAGUUGUUCUAUUGUUUUAUUUUUAUGAUUAUUCUAAGUCUAGUCUUUCGCAUCGGGGCGACGAGGCAACAGACUGCGAGACAGCGCGAGCGUAAACAGUCCUCAGCUUUCUCACAUCCAGCUGCACCAGCGGGACAACAACAGCCGCCCCUCCUCAGAGGCAGAGCGCUGACGCUUUUCUUCUUCUUCUUUAUUUUAUUUUACGCACAGCCACGACUCUGACGCACAGGUGAACUUCUCUUCCCUCGACCGCGCAGCAGCAGCAACUUAACGUGGAGUAAAGUGUUCUCCCCUCUAACCAACCCGAAACUUCACUUGAGAAGCUUAAAAGUUGAACCCGGAGCCAUGUCCAGGAAGAAGGCAGCGAAGGGCAGAGGGACCUCCAAGAGCCCAAAGGCGUCUCCGAGCAGCGGGCGGACGGCGAAGGGUCUGGCCGCAGCCGGCGCGCCGUCCUCGGCUCUGGUCUACCCGAGCAAACCGUCCAUCAGCAACAGCGGCGAGUUUUACGACAUCGCUUUCAAGGUGAUGCUGGUGGGGGAUUCAGGCGUGGGAAAGACCUGUCUGCUGGUCCGCUUUAAAGACGGAGCCUUUUUAGCCGGCAGCUUCAUCUCCACCGUCGGCAUCGAUUUCAGGAAUAAAGUCAUGACCAUCGAUGGUGUGAAGGUCAAACUGCAGAUUUGGGACACAGCUGGUCAGGAGCGCUUUCGCAGCGUCACACACGCCUAUUACCGUGAUGCCAACGCUCUGCUGCUUCUGUAUGACGUCACCAACAGAGCGUCCUUUGACAACAUCAGGGCGUGGCUGACGGAAAUUCACGAGUACGCCCAGCAGGACGUGGUGGUCAUGCUGCUGGGCAACAAGGCCGACUCCACACAUGACAGGGUGGUGAAGCGAGAGGAAGGAGAGAAGCUGGCCAAGGAGUUUGGAGUGCCCUUCAUGGAGACGAGCGCUAAAUCAGGACUGAAUGUGGAGUUGGCCUUCACUGCUGCGGCCAAAGAGCUGAAGCACCGGACCAUGAAGGAACCAGACGAGCCAAAGUUCCAGCUGCAGGAGUACGUGGACAAAGAAAUGAGGGUCGCUGGCUGCUGCCGGACCUAGACCGCACCCGGUGUGUUGAUCAUGUCGGUACUGAACGCAGCGAAAGAAAGCAGGGAUCUUAUUAUUAUUAUUAUUAUCGAUAAUAUUAUUAUCAUUAAACUACACAAUAAGCUAGAGUGUGCGUGUGCCUGGGAAUGACCCUCUCACUUUCUGAGUGAUUAUAAGGCCAACCUGCUCUCCCAUAACUCACCCAUCUGCUGCAACUGUGAAUGUAAAUUCACUUGUGCAUGUCCACACACACACACACACACGCCAAUACACACCCAUGCCUACACCUACACACACACUCCUACACACACACACACAUUUCAGCUCAGUUCACUGCCUGCAGAAUCUAUGUUGCUCAGAUUUUCACAUGUGAUGUACAUAUUUUAAAAGUGACGACUAAUUUUGUUUUUUGGGAGCUUUGUGGUUUGUUAGAGCGUUAGAGCAGAACUCGGCGGUCAUGAUGUUGUAGUUUAUCAAAUCAACAGAAUCGGAUCAAACUCACUGAUGCAGCUAAUUAACCAUUUCUAAAGUCACUGUGUCCUCUUCUUGUACAGUAUCUAGCCUGUUUUAUUGAUAUGUGUGAAACUUGAUCUGAGCCUUCGUCCGUAUAUAUGUGCUCUACAUUUCAUAUUUGAAGACGUGUGAUGAGAUUCGACACUAAACGGCAUUCAGUUUCCAUGUAAUUUUGACCCGAUAUGAAAUGUAAAGAAGCGCAUCAUCAGCAAAAGACUGUACUCUGCACUUUAUCCCAACAACACAGAGGAUUUUCAGGAGAUAUCCAACUUAUUUAUGAUGGCUUCAAAUGCUUUGAGUGUAUUUUUAUGGCCAUAAAGUUCGCCACUGCAAAGUAAAUGACUGGGUAAUCUGUGUAAAGGUUCUCUGUAAUAAAAAAUGUGUGAUUUCAAACCCCUUUCAUUAACCUCUGUGGAAAUGACUUUAAUAUUUCACUUAGUCUACUUUACCCACCGUCAUGGAACCUGUAGAAUAGACUGGAAUAAAGUCGUCAUAAAGCGACUUAAAGUUUAGCCUAAACUUAAAGUUUAGGCUAAACUUUAAGUUUAGGCUAAACUUUAAGUUUAGGCUACGUUCACACAGCAGGUACUGAUGAUUAAUUCAGAUUUUUUUUUAAUGUUUUUCUUUUUUGCGAAAAAGAACUGAUACCACAAAUUAAUUACGACCGCAAUCAGACUUCAGUGUGAACGGUUUGUGACCCCGAAGCGACCCGCACGCACAGAAAAGGAACGUCUAACUAAGACGUCCAACAGCAGCGCACCGUUUACAGAGGUAAUAAUAAAUGCCGUCAUGUAUGGAUCAAUUUUAAAAUUAUUCUGCAAAGGGAGAUGACAGCAUUGUCACAGAAUCAUAAUAGGUUGAAGUAAGCUAAUAAAAAGAAGUCACAACUAACAGCAACGGCUUUUCAGCAGAGCAUUGAGUGCGACGUCUGGAGGAAUCGGUUUGGAUGUGGAGUCAGAAGUAAGAGUGGUGAGAUUGUGAUGCGCUUCACUGAUACUCACGUCUUUCAUAAUAGCAGAACUAGAAUCUUCCAUCAUUGUUUACAUCAAAGUUUACCACGUCUGGCUUCUUCUGGUGCAGAAUUAAGACACCAGAAUGACAUCAAAGGUGGAUAAAAUGCGACGUGACCGUUCAGUCUGUAGAUGCUGUGAAAACAAUCGGAUGCAUAUCUGAUUUAGUGCCACAUGUGGAACAGAUCAAAUUUUUUUGUAGGGUGACAGUAUCUGAAUUGGACUGUUCAAUGUUUGACAUGAGUCGCAUACGGGCAAAAAAAAGUCCGAUUUGGGUCGGAUCAGGCUGCUGUUUGAAUGUAGCCUUGGAGUGCUGUGGUGUUUUAUCAGUAUAAAGCUCAUGAAAAUACUUCAGAAAUAUCUAUAAUUUUGAAUGACAGAUCCUCUAUCAGAGCAGGUUUCUUCUACAUUCCUGUUGUUGUCCAACGGCAGACUUCUUACUCAUCAGAUGUGGCUAAAACCUCUGGCAUCUGCCAAUAUCCUUCCUAAAACAAAAAAUAUUCACUUUUAGUGAAUCAGAUCCCAAUUCAAAUUUGACUCCUGAUGAUGCUGGGCAGCUGAAAUGAAAGCCAAGGCAUUAGUGGCUGCUUUCAGACUGGCUUUAAGAAUUGUUAAUGUCCAUUACCAUAGUUUCUAGAUUCUUUCAGUUUUUUAUACAAUGUAGACAUGUUGGGUUUUUUUUUUCCCCUCUUAGUGGAUGAGAUGAACCUGUAACCAGAAUCACUAAAGUAACAGCUGGAAUAGUGAAGGUUCCUCGCUUUAAGGAAUGUUUGUUUCAGCUUUUAUCUCCAGCUGAGUGUUUUUCACGGAUGAAGUCGAUCUUUGUAAAAUCAGUGCUGGAUGACGGUUGAUUUCAAGUUGAAAGACACUUGGCUUUGUUCUUCAGAUGCAUCAAAAAGAUGCCUUCAUGUUUAUUCUUUUCAGAUGAUUAAAGCACUUUUUGUGUACAUGACAGAUUUUUUUUUCUGAAUAUGAAAGAGGGAAAUAACUUAACUUGUGGUCUUGUAAUUUGUAUCUUGCAAUUAUUUAUAUUGUAAAUUGUGUUCAAGAAUAAAUUCUGUCAGAUUCUUCCUGUGAA